AUGGCCCCAAAUAAAUCAAUAAAUAUUAUGUUUCCAGCAUAUAAAGUUUUAUGUGUAUUUAUUAGACAGAUUUCAAAACCUUUCGCAAAUUAUCUUAAGAGGAGAGCGGCUCAUAACGAACGCUUUCGAAAUAUAUGUAUUUAUUUUGGCAAUAGAAGCUUCGCAUUUGAAAGAUCAAUUUCCAGAAGGUUCUAUAACUCGGAAGUGAGCGAGUGUGAUAAGGUAACCUUAUCGCCAGAAAAAUCUGUUAAUAUCGGAAGCGAGCUUCUGGGUGAAUGCUUUAUUUUCACAGUUGCAGCUGGACUGAUAACUGCAGAAUACAUUAGAGGAGUGUUAAAAGAGUCAAGAAAGGAGUAUAGAUUAAAACAGAGACUUGAUAACAUCGAUUCAAGGCAAGGAGACCUUCAAAAGUUGAUUAACCAGGAAGUUACAAGACAACUUGAAGCCAGGUUCCCAGCAAUUUCAACCGGAGAAAGAAAAUUUUAA